AUGGCAGUGGCCGUGGUGGUCCAGGACGACUCUGGCACCACACUGUUUACAGUGACACGACCUGGGCUCGAACACCGACAUGCGGUGGCACUCGGCGAGGACUUUGGACGGACCAUGGGAACAAUGCGGGCAGAGGAGUUUGCCAAUGGCCUCAAGGCGAGCCAGCCUAAUUUUCGGGCAGGUCAAAUGGAUCUUUUCCCUGACCAUCGUGCCGACUAUCUCCUUGUUCAUCGCGUCUAUGCUGUGGUCAUCUCGCAGACGACAGACAAUGUCUUUGCCGCAUCGCGCCUGUUGGCAGACUCGGCUGCCUUGCUCAAAGCCGUGUGCAAGUCGGAUCAGGUCACGCCUGCCGAUCUCCGCCGUCGCUACGCUGUUGUCCAUCUUGCUCUUGUCGAGCUGCUGGCAGACUCACCGCUGGUGCCGGCGGUCGAGGCGGCGGCGGGCUCGUCCAAGGCGCUGGGGAGCUUGUUCGACGAAGACGACGUGGCCAAGCUGGCCGCCAGUGUUGACGAUGCGGCAUCCGAUGCCGCUCGCGUCGUCCACAACGACUGGGCCGCCGCGCUCCCUGCCGCGCUCCUCCACUCUGCCAACGUGGACGCGGCCAAGCGGCUGCACAUUACGCUGCCGACUUCAGUUGCCGCUGCCGCUGCCUCGCCCGAGCGCCAUCGCUCGCGGUUCGACGCUUUUGGCCCCUCGUUUGCUCCACCCAUGCCUGCCGCCUCGCCGCUAGAGACACCCAAGGUCAAGGUCGCGUCCGCCUCGACUCUCUUUCUCCACCGCCCCGGCGCGCUCCUCUCCCCGUCACUUGCUCGGACGGCGGAUGCCUCGCCGCCUGGUGCCCGCCAGCUCGCCGAGGCCACCGCAGUAGCCGCCGCUGCCAUCCCGCAGCGGGCACCGCCGCCCGACGCCCACGCCCCGCCGCUAGUCCCGCUCCCGACCACCGCUCAAACGACCUCGGGCUCGCACUCAGACCUCGGCUCCGACUCGGACCCGGGCUCCAACUCAGCCGUGCCGCCGCCGCAGCCACGGUUCGAGCUUCCGCCGGGCGUCGGGUUUUCGCUCGCGCCGGCGCCGCUGCCCCACUCGACCUCACCGGAUGAGCCCGAGACGGCUUCGCCAGAUAGCGAUUGUGACGACAACGCCUCGUCGCGGGGCCCGCUCCGGUUCCAGUCGGGCGACACUGAGGUCGGCCUCGACACCGACUCGGGAUGGUCGUCCGACGGUGAGGCGGCGCCGGUCCUGGCGUUGGCAGUUGACGAGGUUGUCCACGCCAAGUGGGCCGGGUCCGGCGACGAGCCGGCCAAGGUCAUGCUUGUGGGCGAGCUCUCGCUGACGGCAACGGCUGGACCAGGCAAGGGACCUGUCUUGCUCGCCGGCCUUCGCGUCGCCUUUCCGUCGCCCGCCGCCGAGCUGCUGGGCCGGAUCCUGCCGAACCCCAAGGCGCUGGUGGCCGAGGAAGGAAGCCAGUCCGCCUUUGUCGUGCCAGCCGGCACCACAGUCGCGCCUGACACCCGUGUCGUUCUCCUCAAAUACCAGGUGGCGGCAGGGCCAGCUGCCGCGGCGCUCCCGCUUGGCCUCAAGGUCUCUGCCCGGAUGCUCGAUGCCAGCCACGGCGCCGCCAUCCUCAGCUACACCACGCCGGCGCUCGGCACGGCUAGACUCGCGUCGUGCAGCUUUAAGCUCUCGGCGUCGGCACCCAUGGUCGCGCCGCAGUCCAAGCCGGCGCCGACGACGACGACCGCUGCGACGCUGCAGUACGAGCUCCCGGUCCCGCCACCGCCCGGCACCGCGGCGCGGAUUCUGGUCAAGUUUGGCUGUGACAAGCUGCCGGGCCUCAACUUUAGCGCAGCGUUUACCACCGACGGGGUCGGCCCGCUCGCACAAGGCUUUGCAAUCGACGUCCGACUGCCACCCGGUGCCGAUGGCAACCGGGAAGUGGCUUGGCGGGGCGAGGCCGGCAAGUACUUGGCGGCGCUCGGGUGAGAAGCUGGUAGACUCAAUCAGCGCUUCUUGGUCGGGCGGUCAAAGUCGAACGGAUCUGGCUCGGCGCGGGCGCGCUUGCGCGAGAUGGUGUCGUCGUCCUCGCCGUCGCCAACAGCAAGGAUGUUUGCCAGCGACGAGUUUGCGUCGUCGUCGUCGUCGUCGUCCGAGAGCGGGAGGACAGGCUUGGGCGCCUUCUUCCCGUCCGACUUGCCGCCCUUGUACACGGCUUUUGUGGUCGCGGCAGUGGUGUACGGCAGGGCGAGGGAUGCGGCGCGCUUCUUGUAGGCGCGGGUAAAGGCGGC